AAAUAUUCCACUAUGAUGAUCCUAUAUCAUUAUAAUCACAAUCUUGUUGUCCAACCAAAAGGUGACACCUGUCAUACCGGUAACUUAAUUCACCCUCCAACAGACGUUACCCCCGUAACCAGAACAGAAGAACAACCUCAGGAUCAAAAUCAAGAGACGGUAACCAGGGCGCUAGAUGCUUUAAAUCAUGCGUCUCUAUGUAAAAGCGUUGAGGGCUGCAACCCGGAUUGUCGAACGAUCAAAAUCCUUCUCCAACAUGUUUCUAUAUGCACUACGAGGAAGCAUAACGGUUGCCAAAAUUGUCAAGGAGCAUGGUGGGUAUUAGAGAAACACAUAAACACCUGUACAAAGCUUGACUGUACUAUACCUUAUUGCAAGUACAUAAGGGAGGAGAGAGCUAACACUUGCCAGAGAUCAGAGUUCAACAAAGUAACCAGUUAGUUGACUGGACAAGAUUGGAUUCUUUUUGGCGCAGUUUAUAUGUAUAGGAAAAGGGCUAACUCGCGUAUAUAUGAAGAUUUUGUUUGUUUGUUUGUUUGGUUUAUGUAAUUCGUAUAUUUUCGUUUUAUGGGUCUUAUCUAAAGACCGAUAAAAUGCAAAUAUAACGAAUAAGUUUAUCUGUUAUCGGAUGUUACAGUUAUGACAUGAUAUGUUUAGUUGUAAUAAUAAGGAUUUUUCUAGUA